GAGAGAGAGAGAGUUGGCCAAAUAAUUAAUCAACAGAACAUCAAUAGUAAAACUUAAGUGACGAUAGAGGAUAGCCUAUAUGGACGAAGGAAAAUGAUUCUCUCUAUGCAUAGUUCUACUUGUUUCAAAUAUUUGAAAUAUUGUCAAAAGAAGUAGCCCCAAUGAUGGCUGAGUAGCAAUACUUGGAGGCAGUCAACCAAAAGGCAAUUUCGCCCAGAAACGGCUCUUGGAGCCACAUACAAGAAAAUGUAUCGGUCCACCAAAGGAGCAUCGAAGGCUCGGAGAGAUCAAAUCAACGCAGAAAUUCGCAACUUGAAGGAUCUUCUCCCCAUCUCCGAUGCCGACAAAGCUCGUCUCUCGUAUCUUCACAUUAUGUCCCUUGCCUGCAUUUACACAAGAAAGUCCCUCUUUUUCGCUCAAGCGGCAGGUCAUGAUGGGAGCGGGGGCGCCCUGUCUUUGCCAGAACUCUCGGAGCUCGAGCACACGUUACCGGGCUUUCUCCUCGUGCUGACGAGUGAAGGAAAACUACUGUAUCUUUCGGACAACGUCGCAGAGCACCUUGGUCAUUCCAUGGUUGAUCUGGUCGCUCAGAGUGAUAGCGUGUAUGACAUUAUUGACCCAGCCAACCAUUUAAUCGUGAGGGGCAACUUUGUGCCAAUCACCACACCUGACACAGACCGCUUCUUUCGCUGCCGAUUCAGCACAUCAAAGUUUGUGAGGAGGCAGGGAUCAAGGAACAAACUUACGCUGGUACGAGCGCGCUGCCUGCCACCUCCCUUCCACGCUUCUUCCUACUGGACCUCCAACCCAGUGUGGGUGUGUUUUUGCUCUCCCCUGGAGUCCCUUGUCCCACACCUUUCUUCAGCCAGUAACCCUCUUCCCACUCCACCUGCUGAGCAACCGUUCCUCCUGGCCUGUUUCCAGUCACAGCAUAGCAGAGACAUGAGAAUCCAUGCAGCCCAGGACAGCAGUGUAAGCAUGUACCUUGGUUAUGGCAUAGAGAUUCUGCGCUCCCGCUCGUGGUAUAGUCUGAUUCAUCCUCGCGAUCUCUCCCAUGCAUCUGCACAGCACUGCGCCUUAUUGCAUGAGGGAGGUGAGAGGCAGGUGGAGAUGGUGGUCCAAGUAGAGGCGGCUGACAACUCAUGGGUCUGGCUUUAUAUCGUUGUUCAGCUGGAGACUGGAGAAUAUCCCAUCAACUGCCACAACUACGUCAUAAGUGAGUCUGAAGCUUGGUCAGUGCGUCAGCAGUUGUACUCAGAGCAGAACCAGCUGGCUCUCCUGUACCAGGAGGCACGCCAGUCCUCUGACCCUCUGUCCAGCCCAGACCAGGUCUUCACACCCAGCAGCAGUGGCCUGUCAUCCCAGUCCUUCGACUUCAGCUUCACCACGUCUGGUCGGAGUUCCUCUGAGGAGCUUCCUAGUGCCUCUGGCCCAUCCAGCAUGGUACUUGGCCCUAACCCUCUUCAGGGCUUUUCUCAGGAUGAAGAGAGCCACCCGCAACCACAUGGCAGUCACCAGAUGUGGCUUGCAGAAACUAGAGAGCAGCCAGAUAGAUCAGCCCUGACAAUUUCUCCUGAACAUCUGACCAACUUGAACAAUAUCCCAUCUCUUUCUUCAAUUCCCCAAACCCAUGCCGCCCCUCCACCCCUUCCUCCAUUCAAAGCUCCUAAGCGCCAGAGCUCAGAGGAGUUUAUCUGUACACCACCCUACACCCCUAGUCUAGCAGAGGGCAGUUUCACGUUUGGUGGCGUGUCCUUUAAAUCAGACCCCAGUAAAGUAGGUAUUGGUGCUGCAGGUAAAAUGAGGCAGCCUAUGACCUCAGCAAAUCACCCAGUGACCAUGUCUGCUUGUGUUGGGUCAACAGUGCCAGUUCAACAUUGCCGCAAACGUCUUCACGAGACAUUUCCUCCUAUUCCCAAUAGCCCAGGGAGUGAUGAAUGUAUUAUCAUGGCAUUGCCAGAGAUCAGGGGACCUCUAUAUGUAGACGUCCCUCAUUUCCCAUUCUAUGGUCCCCCGGAAGGCCUUUUAACCCCAGAGGCCUCACCCAUUAAACAACCCCGUUUGAGUUUUUUCCCUCAGGUGGAAUACAUUGAGAGAGAGAGAAUGGAGAUCUCACUUCUGGCUCAGUAUAUAAGCACUUUAGCUGAAGGUUUCUGUCACGAACAACCACAAGGCAAAUCAACUCCCCCUAAUCAUGAAUCCAUGCACAAUUCCACUGCAUCUUUUGAGGGGCCAAACUCCUCCUUGGCUCACAAUUAUGUCUCUAUGUUUGAGGAGAAGGCAUUAGAUGGCGUCCCUCAUCCAAAUCUUUCCUCCACCUCCCCCAUACCUCCCUCGCCUUACUCAUCUUCAUCCUCACUCUCCUACACUCUGUGUUCCCCUUGCACCCCUAUAAGCAGCUGCUCUCCUGUCCACACACAGGAGAAAGUCACUCUGAUUGGUGUACACCACCUUUGUAGCGUCCAGUCGACGCACUGUAAUUGCAUGGCAGGGGGUGGGCUGAAGGAAGAAGAGCGAACAGACGAGAGAAAGGCUUUCACUGAGAGUGAGAUGGACAUGGAGGUGAUGCCUCCAAUGACGCCCUCCACUGUCCCAGCCUCCCAAGGAUCUGUCACAGCUCCAGGCCUUCCUGCCCUCACCCCUGCUAUGCCUUGUGCCCAGUCCCUCCUAGAGGAGCUGGUCACCAUGGAACCUGUGUUUGGGGCAGCUGUCCCAAUGACUCCUGCCAUGAGGCAACACACUGAGUUGUAUCAACUCCCUUAUCAAGGUGGACAACAGAUCUUCUACCAAGAUGGAACCAGUAACCACAUGUUUUAACAUAAGUCUGUGACUUAAUUGAUGAAGUAUGGCAUAUUGUCAUCUUUUACACAAAUAUUUUCCUGAAAUAAUGUAGUGGAGUAAAACCAAACUGAGAGAAGAGAGAAGAAUUUAUUUAUGUUUAUAAUUCAAUAUCAUGAAGUCACAUGAACAUGCAUCCUAUUUAUAUUGGACUGUCUGAAAAUACUUAAAGUAUAGUUGAUAAGGCAAUUUUACAAAGUGCCACUUUGUAUUCACUUAUAGUGAAGACUGUGUUUUACAGAAAGAAAAUGUUGGAUACUAAUGAAUCACAACUGUAUUUCUUAAGCCAUUGUAGAGUUCUACGGUUAAGUAGAGGAUUGAUUCCUACUCUCUAUUUGAUUUUCAUUAAACUUUGUCCAUAGUAAGUGUUGGUGUUAGUGCAUGAAAUGCUUACAGUCCAUAAUAAAUGAUAUUCCUUUAUGUUUUAUACGUUAAGAAAACAUGAGUUGGAGAUCCAGAAGUUUUGUUACGUAGGAUAUACCUAGUAAAUAUAUAAUAUUUUUUUGUUUCCACAAAGAAUAUCUUUGAAUUUCAUGCUCUCUUGUUUUCCAAAUAUGUAAUGUAUAUGAGAUUCAAUUAAAUGCAUCAAAGUGAGGUGCAUCAGUGUC